AUGGUCACGCCUGAUCGUAGAAGAUCUCUUGCCGGAUCUGUCUUGACAAAAACUAUAUAUAUUAUUUUUACAGAACGAACAUACAGAAAAGCACCUCAAAAGCCACCAUCAUCUGUUCUAAUUAAUGGCUUAAAUCCAGAUACUAUACAAGUAACUUGGCGAUAUGUACAACCAACACUUGAAGAAGAACCAAUCAAAGGCUAUAAGGUGCGGGUUUGGGAAUCCGAUCAAGAUAUGAGUACUGCAAAUGAUACAAUUAUUGAAAUUGGGAACACAUUAGAAGCCCACAUAACUAAGUUAACACCCGGCAAAGUGUACAAGCUUCGAGUGUUGGCAUACUCUAAUGGUGGAGAUGGACGGAUGUCAUCACCUGCUAAAACUUUCCAAAUGGGUAGUCCAGAGCUGUUCUUAACCAACACUGCCAGCAAAAACUCGGCAGUCUGUCUGUCGUUCGUGUUGCUAUUGAGGUUGUACGGUAUCAUUUAGAAAUUAUAGAUCUAAUAUUAACGCGCACGCGCUCUUGUAAUAAUCUCAAUUAUUAUAUUUUUUAAACACAUUUUUUACAAUUUUACAUUUUCUACAUUUUAAACGUAUAGUUUUAAGUUAAUAACCAUAAUUCGUCUCGAAUGUUUGAUCAAUUUUUUUGUGAUCAUGGUCAAUAUAUCAUGAUGGAUUAUUAUAUAUAUUUAUAAGAAUAUAAACCAAUUACGGUAAACUCAAUACAUUGUUCAUGCAAGUAAAAUAUCAAAAUAUGUAUGUUUUGGGUUAAUGUAGUAAGCCGCAUUAUAUAUAGAAGCAGUGCCUUGGAAUAUUAUUAAUAAUAUAAAUAUAUAAUAAUUUAUUAAAUAUUUUUAUUAUAAUACGAAUGAAUCAAAAACUCUCGUCUGUGUUCAAAAUAUAAAUGACAGCCAUUAUUUAAUAUAGCAUAAUUGUGAUUUCUUACUAAUUUACUAUUCUGUAGCAAUAAGUGAGGUGUUUAAUAUAAAUACUACAAAAUGUAAGUGUAAGAAUAGUUUUCAAAGUUGUAAAAAUGCUUGUUUUAAAUGUUCAAGUGUAAGCUAUAAGAACACGCAACCACACAAAACAAUACUAAUAAUAAUGAUAAGUGUCCAUACCUACAAAUUGUUUUCGGCUAAUGAAAUUUGAGCAAAAAAUAUUGCUAUAAAUUAUGUUUGAACAAAAUCGGAAUAACUUUAUUAUAUAAUACAAAUCUACAAUCGACUUAUGAAAUACCUAGGUACCUAAGAAAAACACUCAUUCAUAUAUACAGAACUUAUUAUAAUAUAGUUAAUGUAUUAUAUUUAUACAUUUUUAUUUAAAAUUAAUUAUCAUCUAAGAUGCAUAAAAAUGGAUUAAUUUUCAUAAAGGGAAUUUUUUUCCAAAGACCUCAGACAAUACGUAGGAACCUUGAAAAAAAUAUUUAAACAUGAAUUCGCUAGGUAUAUAAAUAUAUAUAUAAUCAUAAUAAACAUAAUAAUAUAAUCCGUCCUCUCAAACACCUUACAAUAUUGAUAUAUUUUUAUAAUGUAUAUUGUUUUAUUUUUGUACUUGCGUUUACGAAAAGUAAAUUAGUUCUCGCUAUUUUAUUCUUAUAGAUAUUUAAUAUAUUUAAUAUUAAUUGCUUAUAUUAUAUAUUUUUUAAUUAUUUUUCCAUGUAUACAUAAUAUAUUAGAAACCAUGCAAUAUGCAUUUUAUAAUUUAAGUGAAUCUGUACCGUCCAUAUUAUACUACCUAUCUAGUGAUAUUUUAUUAGUGCACAGUAAUGACGUACCUAUUUAAGUUGUCGUUUAUAUUUUAUUUAUAACUAAUAAUGAUAAACAUUGUUAUGUAGCACAUAGAACAACAAUAAUAUAACUGUAUACCUUUUAUAUAUAUCAUAUACUUAUGAAACUUUGUGAAUUUAUUGACAAUGUUUAACGUCCACUUAUUUUUGUUUAGAAUUUUACAACAUUAUAAUAUUAAAAGUAUUUA